AUGGACUCUGCUCUCGAAGACGAAUGUCAAGCAAUAAACGCAAUAUAUACUGAAUCGACUUUGCUUGUAUUAUCUCGAGAUCCCACAAUCUGCUCUCUGGAACUUCCAGGAGAAGUCAACAUAUCACUACGACUCGAGUUCUCAAACGACUAUCCAGAUGCCCCUCCUUCAAUCCUGGGCACUCAGUCCGUGGGCGAAAAUGCUGCUAAGGGCGAAGGCACCCAUGUGGUCGACAUUGCACGCGAGGUCCUGGCAGAAGUCUAUCAACCCGGUUCACCAUGCAUAUUCGAUCUCGUGGAGGAAGUCAGCCAGAGACUUCAGCAAUACAGCAAUCUCAGCAGCGAAAGCCAAAAACAUCAAGAGCAACAAGAUGCUCAAAGGAGAGGUCAGCAAUCUUCUGCUCUGAACGACGACGACGACGAGACCUCGAUGCCUGACCAUCAACCGCAGUCGCUAGACUUGCUGCCCGACAACGAACCACCCUGGCUUCUCUCCUCUGUGUUCACAGAAAAGAAAUCCGUCUUUAUCGCUCGAGCCGCUGCUGUGACCUCGCCAGCCGAAGCAAAGUCUUUUCUGGCACAUCUCCUCGCUACAGACAAGAAAGUCGCAAAAGCUACUCACAACAUUACGGCAUGGCGAAUCCAUGGGCCCAACGAGACUGCAUUCCAAGAUUGCGACGAUGAUGGUGAGACGGCUGCGGGAGGCAGAUUAUUGCAUCUCAUGCAGUUGAUGGAUAUCUGGGAUGUCAUGGUUGUGGUCACAAGGUGGUAUGGUGGUGUGCAAUUGGGUCCCGAUCGGUUUAGAUUAAUCAAUACUGCGGCAAGAGAUGCUUUUGUCAAGGGUGGCUAUGUUAAAGAUGCGAGUAAGCCCGAGGCAAGCGGUAAAAAGAAAGGCAAGAAAUAG